AUGUCGCUAUGUCAUCACGACUUCGUGUUGUUACGUUUAAAUCUGUCAGGCCCAUCCUCUCCUCUCUCUCACCUACCCCCUUCUUCUUCCACAUCUAAGAAGUAUUAUUUAUCGCUUAUAGUCAUAUACUCUCCGAUCCUUCCCACACCCACCUCCUCCCUUCUACUCUCUCUCUCCUUCUCUUACAUUAAAGUAGUAUUUAUCACUUACAGUCUCAUCCUCUUCUCCCUACACCGCCUCUUCCUACUCCUCCUUAUUCGUCAAAAAGUGUUAUUCAUCGUUUAUAGUCCCAUCCUCUCCUCUCCCUCCUCCUCCUUCUUCCUCCUCAAAGAAGUGUUAUUCAUCGUUUAUCAUCCCAUCCUUUCCUCUCUCUCUCUCCUUCUUCUUCAUUUUCUUCUUCCUCAUCUAAGAAAAGUGUUAUUCAUCGUUUAUGGUCCCAUUCUCUCCUCUGCCUCCUCCUCCUUCUUCCUCCCUCUAAGAAGUGUUAUUCAUCGUUUAUACUCCCAUUCUUCCUCUCCUCCUCCUCCUCCUUCCUCCUCUAAGAAGUGUUAUUCAUCGUUUAUGGUCCCAUUCUCUCCUCUCCUCCUCCUCCUCCUUCCUCCCUCUAAGAAGUGUUAUUCAUCGUUUAUGGUCCCAUUCUCUCCUUUCUCUCCUCUCCCCCUCCUUCUUCCUCCUCUAAAAAGUGUUAUUCAUCGUUUAUGGUCCCAUUCUCUCCUUUCUCUCCUCUCCCUCCUCCUCCUCCUUCCUCCUCUAAGAAUCCCAUUCUCUCCUUUCUCUCCUCUCCUUCCUCCUCCUCCUUCCUCCUCUAAGAAGUGUUAUUCAUCGUUUAUAGUCCCAUUCUCUCCUUUCUCUCCUCUCCUUCCUCCUCCUCCUUCCUCCUCUAAGAAGUGUUAUUCAUCGUUUAUGGACCCAUUCUAUCCUCACCCUCCUCCUCCUCCUUCCUCCUCUAAGAAGUGUUAUUCAUCGUUUAUGGUCCCAUUCUCUCCUUUCUCUCCUCUCCCUCCUCCUCCUUCUUCCUCCUCUAAGAAGUGUUAUUCAUCGUUUAUGGUCCCAUUCUCUCCUCUCCCUCCUCCUCCUUCUUCCUCCUCUAAGAAGUGUUAUUCAUCGUUUAUGGUCCCAUUUCUCCUUUUCUCCUCUCCCCCUCCUCCUUCUUCCUCCUCUAAGAAGUGUUAUUCAUCGUUUAUAGUCCCAUUCUCUCCUUUCUCCUCUCCUCCUCCUCCUCCUUCCUCCUCUAAGAAGUGUUAUUCAUCGUUUAUAGUCCCAUUCUCUCCUUUCUCUCCUCUCCCUCCUCCUCCUCCUUCCUCCUCUAAGAAGUGUUAUUCAUCGUUUAUAGUCCCAUUCUCUCCUUUCUCUCCUCUCCUUCCUCCUCCUCCUUCCUCCUCUAAGAAGUGUUAUUCAUCGUUUAUAGUCCCAUUCUCUCCUUUUCUCUCCUCUCCUCCUCCUCCUCCUUCCUCCUCUAAGAAGUGUUAUUCAUCGUUUAUAGUCCCAUUCUCUCCUUUCUCCUCUCUCCCUCCUCCUCCUCCUUCCUCCUCUAAGAAGUGUUAUUCAUCGUUUAUAGUCCCAUUCUCUCCUUUCUCUCCUCUCCUUCCUCCUCCUCCUUCCUCCUCUAAGAAGUGUUAUUCAUCGUUUAUGGUCCCAUUCUCUCCUCUCCCUCCUCCUCCUCCUUCCUCCUCUAAGAAGUGUUAUUCAUCGUUUAUAGUCCCAUUCUCUCCUUUCUCUCCUCUCCUUCCUCCUCCUCCUUCCUCCUCUAAGAAGUGUUAUUCAUCGUUUAUACUCCCAUUCUCUCCUCUCCCUCCUCCUCCUCCUUCCUCCUCUAAGAAGUGUUAUUCAUCGUUUAUGGUCCCAUUCUCUCUCCUCCUCCUCCUCCUCCUUCCUCCUCUAAGAAGUUCCCAUUCUCUCCUUUCUCUCCUCCCUCCUCCUCCUCCUUCCUCCUCUAAGAAGUGUUAUUCAUCUCCCAUUCUCUCCUUUCUCUCUCUCCCUCCUCCUCCUCCUUCCUCCUCUAAGAAGUGUUAUUCAUCGUUUAUAGUCCCAUUCUCUCCUUUCUCUCCUCUCCUUCCUCCUCCUCCUUCCUCCUCUAAGAAGUGUUAUUCAUCGUUUAUAGUCCCAUUCUCUCCUUUCUCUCCUCUCCUUCCUCCUCCUCCUUCCUCCUCUAAGAAGUGUUAUUCAUCGUUUAUGGACCCAUUCUAUCCUCACCCUCCUCCUCCUCCUUCCUCCUCUAAGAAGUGUUAUUCAUCGUUCCUGGUCCCAUUCUCUCCUUUCUCUCUUCUCCCUCCUCCUCCUUCUUCCUCCUCUAAGAAUUGUUAUUCAUCGUUUAUGGUCCCAUUCUCUCCUCUCCCUCCUCCUCCUCCUUCCUCCUCUAAGAAGUGUUAUUCAUCGUUUAUGUCCCAUUCUCUCCUCCCUCCUCCUCCUUCUUCCUCCUCUAAGAAGUGUUAUUCAUCGUUUAUAGUCCCAUUCUCUCCUCUCCUCCUCCCUCCUUCUUCCUCCUCUAAGAAGUGUUAUUCAUCGUUUAUAGUCCCAUUCUCUCCUUUCUCCUCCUCCUUCCUCCUCCUCCUUCCUCCUCUAAAAUCCCAUUCUCUCCUUUCUCUCCUCUCCCUCCUCCUCCUCCUUCCUCCUCUAAGAAGUGUUAUUCAUCGUUUAUGGUCCCAUUCUAUCCUCUCUCCUCCUCCUCCUCCUUCCUCCUCUAAGAAGUGUUAUUCAUCGUUUUUGGUCCCUUUCUCUCUUUUCUCUCCUCUCCUCCUCCUCCUUCUUUCUCCUCUAAGAAGUGUUAUUCAUCGUUUAUGGUCCCAUUCUCUCUCUCUCCCUCCUCCUCCUCCUUCCUCCUCUAAGAAGUUGUUAUUCAUCGUUUAUGGUCCCAUUCUCUCCUUUUCUCCUCUCCCUCCUCCUCCUUUAUUUCCUCCUCUAAGAAGUGUUAUUCAUCGUUUAUGGUCCCAUUCUCCUCUGCCUCCUCCUCCUCCUUCCUCCUCUAAGAAGUGUUAUUCAUCGUUUAUGUCCCAUUCUCUCCUCUGCCUCCUCCUCCUCCCUUCCUCCUCUAAGAAGUGUUAUUCAUCGUUUAUGGUCCCAUUCUCUCAUUUUUCUCCUCUCCCUCCUCCUCCUCCUCCCUCCUCUAAGAAGUGUUAUUCAUCGUUUAUAGUCCCAUUCUCUCCUUUCUCUCCCUCCUUCCUCCUCCUUCCUCCUCUAAGAAAAGUGUUAUUCAUCGUUUAUGGUCCCAUUCUCUCCUUUCUCUCCUCUCCUCCUCCUUCCUUCUUUUUCUCCUCUAAGAAGUGUUAUUCAUCGUUUAUGGUCCCAUUCUCCCUCCUCCUCCUUCUUCCUCCUCUAAUAACGUGUUUUCAUCGUUCCUCCAUUCUAUCUUCCUCCUCCUCCUCCUUCCUCCUCUGUUUUUAUUCAUCGUUUAUAGUCCCAUUCUCUUUCUUCUCUCCUCCUCCUCCUCCUUCCUCCUCUAAGAAGUGUUAUUCAUCGUUUAUGUCCCAUUCUCUCCCUUUCUCUCCUCUCCUUCCUCCUCCUCCUUCCUCCUCUAAGAAGUGUUAUUCAUUUUUUUAUGGACCCAUUCUAUCCUCACCCUCCUCCCUCCUUCCUCCUCUAAGAAGUGUUAUUCAUCGUUUAUGGUCCCAUUCUCUCCUUUCUCUCCUCUCCCUCCUCCUCCUUCUUUCUCCUCUAAGAAGUGUUAUUCAUCGUUUAUGGUCCCAUUCUCUCCUCUCCCUCCUCCUCCUCCUUCCUCCUCUAAGAAGUGUUAUUCAUCGUUUAUGGACCCAUUCUAUCUCACCCUCAUCCUCCUCCUUCCUCUAUUCUAAGAAGUGUUAUUCAUCGUUUAUAGUCCCAUUCUCUCCUUUCUCUCCUCUCCUUCCUCCUCCUCCUUCCUCCUCUAAGAAGUGUUAUUCAUCGUUUAUGGACCCAUUCUAUCCUCACCCUCCUCCUCCUCCUUCCUCCUCUAAGAAGUGUUAUUCAUCGUUUAUGGUCCCAUUCUCUCCUUUCUCCUCCUCUCCCCUCCUCCUCCUUCUUUCUCCUCUAAGAAGUUCCCAUUCUCUCCUCUGCCUCCUCCUCCUCCUUCCUCCUCUAAGAAGUGUUAUUCAUCGUUUAUGGUCCCAUUCUCUCCUUUCUCUCCUCUCCCUCCUCCUCCUCCUUCCUCCUCUAAGAAGUAAGUGUUAUUCAUCGUUUAUGGUCCCAUUCUCUCCUUUCUCUCCUCUCCCUCCUCCUCCUCCUUCCUCCUCUAAGAAGUGUUAUUCAUCGUUUAUAGUCCCAUUCUCUCCUCUGCCUCCUCCUUCUUCUUCCUCCUCUAAGAAGUGUUAUUCAUCGUUUAUGUCCCAUUCUCUCCUCUGCCUCCUCCUCCUUCUUCCUCCUCUAAGAAGUGUUAUUCAUCUUUAUGGUCCCAUUCUCUCUUUUCUCUCCUCUCCUCCUCCUCCUCCUUCCUCCUCUAAGAAGUGUUAUUCAUCGUUUAUAGUCCCAUUCUCUCCUCUGCCUCCUCCUCCUUCUUCCUCCUCUAAGAAGUGUUAUUCAUCGUUUAUGGUCCCAUUCUCUCCUUUCUCUCCUCUCCCUCCUCCUCCUCCUUCCUCCUCUAAGAAGUGUUAUUCAUCGUUUAUAGUCCCAUUCUCUCCUCUGCCUCCUCCUCCUUCUUCCUCCUCUAAGAAGUGUUAUUCAUCGUUUAUGGUCCCAUUCUCUCCUCUCCCUCCUCCUCCUCCUUCCUCCUCUAAGAAGUGUUAUUCAUCGUUUAUAGUCCCAUUCUCUCCUCUGCCUCCUCCUCCUUCUUCCUCCUCUAAGAAGUGUUAUUCAUCGUUUAUGGUCCCAUUCUCUCCUUUCUCUCCUCUCCUCCUCCUCCUCCUUCCUCCUCUAGAAGUAAGUGUUAUUCAUCGUUUAUGGUCCCAUUCUCUCCUUUUCUCCUCUCUUCCUCCUCCUCCUCCUUCCUCCUCUAAGAAGUGUUAUUCAUCGUUUAUAGUCCCAUUCUCUCCUCUGCCUCCUCCUCCUUCUUCCUCCUCUAAGAAGUGUUAUUCAUCGUUUAUAGUCCCAUU